CACUGCCCCACGUUCUACCUGCUCUCGCUUGUGAACUAGCCUCUCCUGAGUUUGUAAAGAUGCCUCGGCUCCUGAGAAAUGUCCUCUGUGUAAUUGAGACAUUCCACAAAUAUGCCAGUGAGGACAGUAACGGGGCAACACUGACCAGCAGAGAGCUGAAACAACUCCUCCAGAGAGAGUUUGGGGACUUUUUUCAGCCAUGUGUCCUUCAUGCUGUGGAAAAAAAUUCGAAUCUUCUGAAUAUUGACAGUAAUGGCAUCAUCAGUUUUGAUGAAUUUGUUCUUGCAAUCUUCAACUUGUUGAACCUCUGUUGUCAUGACGUACAAUCAUUACUAAGUUCUGAACUAAGACAGGUGACUAAACCAGAGAAGGAGAAGCCAGAUGAUGUGGAUCUUCAGGCAACCACCAGAGAUGGUCAGUGGACAGCAGGAACUUCACCAACUCAAGAAGAGAGGAUGCUUCCUUCAGGAAUGGCAUCAUCAUCUCAGCUCAUCCCUGAAGAAAGUGGAGCAGCUGGAAAUAACAGAGUGGACCCAUGGAGAGAAGCCAAGACUCACAACUUUCUAGGAGAAGCAUCUGAACACAAUGACCCUAAGAACCAACACCUGGAAGGAGAUGAACAAAGUCAGGAAGUGGCCCAAGAUAUACAAACAACAGAAGACAAUGAAGGCCAACUUAAGACAAAUAAGCCAACGGCAGGAUCAAAACAGACCAGCAGUCCCACAAAGAGGAAGGGACAAGAUAAGGAGAUCUCCCGGGAGGGAGAUGAACCAGCCAGAGAGCAAAGUGUUUCCAAAAUAAGAGACCAGUUUGGAGAACAGGAAGGAAACUUGGGAACCCAAAGUUCACCAUCAAAAGAAGCAACACAAAGACCAUCUGAAGAUCAGGAAGUUAGAACGGAAAAGCAAAAACACUCUAAUACACAAGAACCACCCCUGCAAGGAGAAGGUGAGCCCAGUUCAGAGCAUGCUGACCUGCCAGAACAAGCUGCUGCCAGGACACCAUCUCAGACACAGAAAUCAACUGAUCCCAAAGAUGUCUGUAGAACGUUUGACACUCAAGAAUCAAGAAAGGAUGCUGACCAGACACCAGCUGAGACAAAGAAUUUGGGUGAACCUGAGGAUUAUUGCAGAACAUCUGAGACCCAAGAAAAAGAAUGUGAAACAAAGGGCCUGCCAGUCCAAUAUGGUAGCAGAAAUGGUUCAGAAACAUCUGACAUGAGAGAUGAAAGGAAAGAGAGGAGAGGUCCUGAGGCCCAUGGAACAGCAGGGCAGAAAGAACGUGACAGAAAAACUCGGCCACUAGUCCUGGAAACCCAAACACAGGAUGGGAAGUAUCAGGAACUCCAAGGAUUAUCAAAAUCAAAAGAUGCUGAAAAAGGUUCUGAGACACAAUAUCUAAGCUCAGAAGGAGGAGAUCAGACUCACCCUGAACUUGAAGGAACAGCAGUCUCAGGAGAAGAGGCAGAACACACCAAAGAAGGCACAGCAGAAGCAUUUGUAAACAGCAAAAAUGCACCUGCAGCAGAAAGGACAGUGGGGGCAAGAGAAAGAACACAAGAUUUAGCACCACUUGAGAAGCAGUCUGCAGGAGAAAAUACUAGGGUCACCAAGACUCAUGACAAACCAGUUGAGGAGGAGGAUAGUUACCAGGGGGAGGACCCUGAGUCACCAUUCACACAGAGUGAUGAGGGGUCUUCUGAAAUUCCCAACAGCCUGGCUUCAGAGGAAGGCAACAGCAGCUCAGAGACAGGUGAACUGCCUGUGCAAGGGGACUCCCAGAGUCAAGGGGACCCACGUGGAGAGUCUGCACAAGGAGGUGACAAUAAUAACUCAGAUACCCAGAGGCAGGGAACACCUGGUGAGAAAAACAGAGCUCUGGAGGCAGUGGUGCCAGCAGUCAGAGGAGAGGAUGUACAGCUCACAGAGGACCAGGAACAGUCUGCCAGAGGAGAACGCAAGAAUCAAGGCCCAGGGACCAAAGGCCCAGGUGCAGCUGUGGAGCCCAGUGGACACCCAGAAGCACAGGAAUCAACAGCAGGAGAUGAAAAUAGAAAGUCCCUGGAAAUAGAGCUCACAGGUGCCCUGGAUGAAGACUUCACUGACCAGCUUUCCCUAAUGCAGCUCCCUGGAAAGGGAAAUAGCAGAAAUGAAUUAAAGGUCCAAGGCCCAAGUAGCAAAGAAGAGAAAGGAAGAACAACAGAGGCCCAGAAUACUCUGUUAAAAAGUCUAGGUGAGGACAAUUCAGCCUCCCUCAAGAUACAACUUGAAACAAAGAAACCUGUAACAUCGGAGGAGGAAGAUGAAAGUCCCCAAGAGCUGACAGGAGAAGGUGGUGACCAAAAAAGUCCAGCCAAGAAAGAGGACAAUUCUUCAAUCCCCUGGCCAAGUCUUGAAAAGCAGAUGCAGAGAGACCAAGAGCCCUGUUCUGUGGAGAGGGGUGCAGUCCAUUCCAGUCCACUAUACCAGUACCUACAGGAGAAGAUACUGCAGCAAACGAAUGUAACCCAAGAGGAACACCAAAAGCAAAUUCAGAUAGCCCAGGCAUCAGGCCCAGAGCUUUGCAGUGCAUCCCUCAACAGUGAGAUCUCAGAUUGUUCUGUCUUUUUCAACUACAGCCAAGCAUCACAACCAUAUACCAGGGGACUUCCACUUGAUGAGAGUCCUGCUGGUGCACAGGAAACACCAGCUCCCCAGGCCUUGGAAGAUAAGCAGGGUCACCCUCAGAGAGAGAGGCUGGUACCACAAAGGGAGGCAAGCACCACAAAGCAAUGAAUCAUUAUCAUCUCAGUAUGCCCCCGAUUUCUCUCCCAUCACCCUCAAUACUCACGUGUACACAUUCAGAGGCAGAUUAACAAUCUUUUAAAUUCCCUUCCUAAAUUUCUACAAAAGCAAAUAAUAAAGUAUUCAGCAGUGGGGGCCACCACUAAAGAAACAUCUGAGCAAACAAAUACAGUCAGUAAAACUCCUACCAAACAAUGCUAUUUCCAAGUGCCAAAAUGGGCUUUGUCAUGAGACAGUUUAUCUCAAUGUACCUGUCAUUAAAAAUAGAAAAAUUAUUUCCAUAUCUUUAGCAGGUGCCAGUUUUUCUAACUGAUUCAUUGAAUUUAAAAUAGAGCAGUAGGAAAUUAUGAGACUCUGCAAUACUAUCUCACAAUCAUAAAAUAUUAAUUCAUAUAUAUAGAUUACUCUGCUUCAUGACAUUUCCUAGAAGUAUUUCAAGUUCAUCCUAAAAUUUUAUCUUUCAAAAUAAUUUUAGACAACACCAUAACUUAAUUAUGAUUUUCUAGCACUUGAUUAAAGUAAAUUUAUGACUCUGCUCAUGUUCAGGUGCAGCUGAAUCUAUCGCCAUGGAUUCAUUCUUUCAAUUACUCAUCCAACAAAUUUUUAUUAAAUCCUACUCCUUACACAAACUUUUCAUAGCUUUUGGCUCAAAUAAACAAUCAGAAUGAUUAUGAGAGAAAACACAAAUCUAAAGUAUGUUUGAUUUUAUAAGAAGCUCUUGUAACCAACCAUCCAGUGAGUCUACUAAGUGUUUACAUAUAUGAUUUGAUGAGGGUAUUAAAUUAAAAUUGAUAAUUAAACAACCUGAUAAUCAA